AUGUCACUUGAUCAGCGAAUGGAAUUCGUGAAGAACAAGAGACUUUGUUUGAAUUGCUUCAACGCUGGACAUUUUGUACGCUCGUGCCCUAAAGAGAGUUUCUGUAAGAUAGAAGGAUGCACCGGUAAACACUCAACGUUUCUACAUCCCAAGUCUACACCUAAUGAUCACGAAGACAAAAAACCCCUUUCAAAUCAAGCUACAAAGGAAGAAAUUGAGGGAUCAACGAAUUCUGCCAACAACGGUUACGUAAGGAGAUCUCCAAAUAGGGAACAGUUGAAGAAGUCCUCGGUCACGGGUCUAGCUGUAGUUCCGGUUCGAGUUAGAGUGAAAGGUUGCACCGAAAUGGUAGAAACCUACGCGUUCUUGGACUCUGGCUCAAACACCUCCUUUUGUACAGAAGGCCUUUUGAAGGCAUUGAACAACGAAGGAAGAAAGGCGAAGUUGUCGCUGACAACGAUGCUCGGCGAAGGUGCCCCAGUUGAAUGUUCUCUCGUCGAAAUGGAUGUUUUCGAUCUGGAUCAACGAAAUCAUGUCGAUCUCCCUAAGGUUUAUUCAACCAAGAGCCUGCCUAUUCGCGCAGAAUGCAUUGGGAGGCAAGAAGAUAUCGAACGAUGGCCAUACCUAAAAGGCAUAACAAUUCGACACAUUGAUGCUGACAUAGGCCUCCUUAUCGGUAGCGACGUUCCAGAGAUGCUACAGCCUGAAGAAGUACGGAUGAGCGAGAAUGGGGGUCCUUUUGCCACAAAAACACUAUUCGGAUGGGUUCUGAAUGGACCGCUGGGUAGAGAAGAUGUCGACGUCCCGACAGCAAAUCCCGUUCAAGCAGACAGCACACUGGAGCAGCGCUUCAAAGAGUUUUGUAAUAUGGAGUUUAAUGACGUGAACCAUGAACUCGAAUCGACUAUGUCACAGAAUGACAAAAGGGCUUUGAACAUAAUGGAAGGGUCAGUAAAGUUAGUGAAUGGACACUACGAGAUUGGUAUGCCUUGGAAAAAUUUCCCACCUUACCUGCCUAAUAAUAUGCCUCAAGCCCAACGACGUCUAGGAUCUCUUAAAAGGCGACUUCAACAAGAUCCAUCACUUCUGGAAAAGUACAAGAAGUUUAUGGACAAUCUAUUCUUGAACGACUAUGCAAGAAAGGCUACUACACAAGAUAUCGGUCCGCUGAAAUCAUUCUGGUACCUUCCCCAUCACCCGGUGUUCCACCCGCAAAACCCCGAAAAGAUUCGCGUCGUGUUUGAUUGCUCUGCCAAGUACCGUGACACCUCGUUGAACGACCAGCUGUUACAGGGGCCGGAUCUUACGAAUACGCUCGUUGGCGUGUUAACGAGGUUCAGGGAAGAACCGGUGGCGAUGAUGGCGGACAUCGAGAGGACCGCCAAAGAUAACCAGGCUGAAUUUGAUCCUAAGGUUAUUGAAACCGUAGAAAGGAACUUCUAUGUCGACGAUUGCCUUAAGUCAGUUAGCGAAGAAGAAGAAGCUGUUAAUCUGUCACAGCAACUACGUGAGCUGCUGGCCCGAGGAGGUUUCAAGUUGACGAAAUGGCUGUCGAAUUCAAGAAGGGUCGUCGAAGCGAUCCCCGAAUCUGAAAGAGCAUCUAUCGUCAAGAACCUCGAUUUCAACUGUUGGUCUGUCGAGCGAGCUCUGGGAACGCAAUGGAAUAUAUCAUCCGAUCAGUUUGGCUUCAGCAUCGUUAUAAAGGACCGUCCUCCCUCGAGAAGAGGCAUAUUGUCGAUCAUUAGCUCGGUGUACGAUCCACUCGGGUUCGCCGCCCCGUUUGUAUUCCAAGCUAAACUUAUCCUUCAAGACCUUUGUCGCAUGAAGCUAGGUUGGGAUGAAGAAAUUCCCGAAGAACAUCUCAAUCGCUGGCGAUCGUGGCUCGAAGAACUGCCAAAGUUAGAGCAACUCGUAGUCGACCGCUGUUUUAAAUCCCAAGAUCACGGAGAGAUUAAAACAAUCCAACUACACCAUUUUGCAGACGCCUCGCAACACGGUUACGGCGCUGUAUCGUACCUAAGAAUCGAAGACGAAGGUAAUAAGGUAAAAUGUUCUUUCGUGAUGGGCAAGUCCAGACUUGCACCGAUCAAACCACUUACUAUCCCAAGAAUGGAGUUAUCAGCUGCAGUCGUAGCGACGAAAUUAGACGGAAUGUGCCGACGAGAGCUCAGCCUGCAUAUCAAUCAAUCCUUCUUUUGGACCGACAGCACGUGCGUGUUACGGUAUAUCGAGAACGAAGACAAACGAUUCCAAACAUUUGUAGCGAACCGAGUCGCUGCUAUUCACAACUCGUCUUCCCCGUCUCAGUGGCACUAUGUGAACACAGAGCUCAACCCCGCGGAUGAUGCGUCGAGAGGAGUUCAACCGGAUGCCCUCGAACGAUGGAUUAAUGGUCCAACGUUCCUUUUAAAGCCAUUCGAAAACUGGCCAACGAGACCAGCCGACUUCAAUAACGCUGAAGAUACAGAUUUAGAAGUGAAGAAGCCUUCUGUUUGCUCGACAGUCGCCAAAGAAUCCGAUGAAAAUCCUAUCGAUUCGAUCAUUGAACGCUUUUCAUCUUGGAAUCACCUCAGAAAAAUCAUGGCAUGGAUCCUUCGAUACAAGACCAAUUUGCAACGUCAGAUCAAAAGACGAAGGGCCGGGGAGCCAGUAGCGAACGACUCCAACGGUACAUAUACUCCCAUCGAUGUAGAGGAGCUACGGAAUGCUGAAUCUGUGAUUCUAAGGCACGUACAGAAGAAGUGUUUCGAGGAGGAACGAAAGAUUCUCCGCGAAGUCAACAGCGAAACAAGUCCGAAGGACGCAAGGGCGCUAAAGAAGAGCAGCAAAAUUUUCAAGCUCGACCCAAUCUUGAAACAUGGGCUCGUAUGCGUUGGAGGUCGCCUAGAUCGAGCACCGAUUGGUCAACAAGCAAAGCACCCAGUUGUUUUACCGAAGAAUCACCACGUCGUAACGUUGAUCGUGAAUCAUCAUCACAAUCUUGCCGGGCAUUCUGGUUUAGAGUAUACUUUGUCUUUAAUACGUCAGCGUUAUUGGAUCAUCAACGGCAGACAGACGGUACGCCGGGUGCUCAACCGAUGCAUUGGAUGCAAGAAACGACAAGCGCCUGUGAGUCAACAGAAAAUGGCUCAUCUUCCGAAGGAUCGAACAACACCUUCCAACCCCCCCUUUACAUACACCGGAGUAGACUGUUUUGGCCCGUUCGAAGUGCGACGUGGACGAGUGACAGUGAAGCGCUAUGGCGUCCUCUUCACGUGUUUGACGACCCGUGCUAUCCAUCUUGAAGUCUCAAGCUCUUUAGACACGUGUUCUUUUAUCAAUGCCCUGCGUAGAUUCAUCUCGAGGAGAGGCCAACCAGACGAAAUUCGAUCGGACAACGGAGGAAACUUUGUAAAGGGAGAGAAAGAGCUACGUGAAGCUGUGAAGAAAUGGAACCAAUCACAGAUCAACGAAUUUCUUCUACAAAAGAAUGUCAAGUGGACAUUUAAUCCUCCCACUGGUUCCCAUCAUGGUGGUGUCUGGGAAAGGUGUAUCAGAACCACACGAAAGGUGAUCAAGGCUGUGACCAGAGAACAAAUCCUGGAUGACGAAGGCAUUAAUACAUUGAUGUGCGAAGUCGAGGCAAUCGUAAAUGGACGACCAAUCACCAAGCUCUCCGAUGACCCGCGCGACAUGGAACCUCUGACCCCUAACCACCUGUUGUUGUUGAGAGCCGGGCCCACACUUCCCCCCACAACUACCACCAAGCAAGAUGCAUACAGUCGGAGAUGGCGCCAAGUACAGUACUUAGCAGACGUAUUCUGGCGCCGCUGGAUCAGGGAAUAUCUUCCAACUUUGCAGGUUCGGCAGAAGUGGAAUAAACGACACAGGAACUUUGCAGUCAAUGACAUUGUGCUGGUCCUGGAUGAUAAGACACCACGAAACUUCUGGCCACUUGGACGAGUUCUGGAAAUUUAUACCAACCUCAACGAUGGUCUCGUACGCUCCGUGAAGUUGAAGACAAGGACGAGUGAGCUCAUACGACCGGUGAACAAGAUUGUGUUGUUGGAGGAAGCUGAUGACAACCAGAACGAUAAGUAG